AACAAUAUUUCCAUAUAAAUAAUUAAAAAACAAAAAAAAUAAAUAAAACAAAAUGGCGAAUACAGCACAGCUUUUACGCCGUCAGAGCUCCCGUGAUAUCGUCUUAAAGAGUCAAAAGAGCAUCGAUCAAUUGGAAUUACGGGAAUUGCGUGGUCGUCUGGUACCAAAAGAGCAUAGCAGCAGUAGUCAUCAUGGCCAUCAUCAUCAUCAACAUCAUCAUCAGCCCAUUUACGGCGCAACAAAUCAGGCUUUUAUUUCAGACACUUUCGAUGAGUCCUCCGAAAUUGAAGCCGAAACGUUUGGGUCUGAGGCGAGCACAAGUAAAGCGAAGGCCGAGUUGGUUGCCGCCGUCAAGGCUACAGUGGAGGAUGAGGACAUUGUGGCUGAGAAGGAGGGAGAGGAACGCGAAAGUUGGGAUAGCAAAAUAAUGUUUUUAUUGGCAACAAUUGGUUACGCUGUUGGAUUAGGUAAUGUAUGGCGUUUCCCUUACUUGGCACAAAAAAAUGGCGGUGGUGCCUUCUUGGUACCUUACUUUAUUAUGCUUUGCAUACAGGGUAUACCAAUAUUUUAUUUAGAAUUGGCGAUUGGACAACGUCUGCGAAAAGGCGCUAUAGGCGUUUGGAGUCAAGUUUCACCUUACUUGGGUGGCAUAGGCAUCUCCUCGGCUGUGGUUAGCUAUAUAGUAGCUUUGUAUUAUAACACUAUAAUUGCUUGGUGUCUCAUCUAUUUAUUGCAUAGCUUUGAAUCACCUUUACCUUGGGCCGAUUGUCCCACACGUCUAUACUCCAAUUAUACUUAUGAUCAUGAGCCAGAAUGUGUGGCUUCAUCACCUACGCAAUUUUAUUGGUAUCGCACAACCCUACAAUGUUCGGAAAGCGUAAAUGAACCGGAAGGUUUUAACUACCACAUGGGCAUUGGAUUGUUAGUGUCAUGGUUUCUUGUCUACAUAUGCAUGGUUCAAGGCAUCACAUCAUCAGGAAAGAUUGUGUACAUGACAGCCAUAUUUCCGUAUGUAGUGCUGAUUAUUUUCUUCUUUCGAGGCAUUACACUUAAAGGUGCCGCUGAUGGUGUAGCACAUUUAUUCACACCACGUUGGGAAACAUUGCAGGAUCCUGUAGUUUGGCUAGAAGCAGGAACGCAAAUAUUCUUCUCCUUAGGCUUAGCUUUUGGUGGUUUGAUAGCGUUUAGUUCGUACAAUCCUGCAAACAAUAACUGUUAUCGUGAUGCUAUAUUGGUGUCUCUGACUAAUUGCGGUACUUCCAUGUUUGCCGGAGUAGUUGUAUUCUCAGUGAUUGGUUUUAAAGCUACAGCAACAUUCGAUCGAUGUAAUGAGGAACGUGCAAGUUUGAUAUCACAAAAUAAAACAUCAAUGUUGCCCGUAUGCGACUUGCAGAAGGAAUUGGCUAAUAGCGCCUCUGGUACUGGUCUAGCAUUUAUUAUAUUUACAGAGGCAAUAAAUCAAUUUCCUGGUGCACAAAUAUGGGCUGUUCUCUUCUUUUUAAUGCUUUUCACUCUUGGCAUUGAUUCACAAUUUGGCACCUUAGAAGGCGUUGUGACUUCAUUAGUUGAUAUGAAACUAUUUCCUAAUUUGCCAAAAGAAUGGAUAGUGGGUGCACUUUGUUUGUCCUGUUUCAUAAUGUCAAUGUGUUUUGCCAAUGGCGCUGGCAGUUACAUAUUUCAAUUGAUGGACAGUUUUGCUGGCAACUUUCCACUACUAAUUAUUGCAUUGUUUGAGUGUUUAUCAAUUAGUUAUAUCUAUGGCAUUAGACGAUUCUCGGAUGAUAUUGAAAUGAUGACUGGUUCCAGACCAGGCAUAUUUUGGAUGUUCUGUUGGAAAUAUCUUUCACCAUGUGCUAUGAUUACAAUAUUAAUAGCAUCAUUUUAUCAAUUAUUAACCGAAGGCAGCAGUUAUCCAGCUUGGAUUGCUUCAAAGGGCAUGACAGAGAAAAUGGAAUGGCCUCAUUGGUGUAUUGUCAUUGCAUUUAUAUUGAUUCUAUCAUCUAUUUUAUGGAUACCAAUUGUGGCAAUACUCAGGUUAUGUGGCAUAAAAGUUGUUGAAGAUACUGAUCCAGCUUGGUUCCCUGAAGCUGAAUUAAAGGAAGUACAUGGUAUUGUACCGCAUGAACCAACAGAUAUAGAACGUUCACUAUUCUGUUUUAAUAUGGAUGGUACUGAAGGAAUGUGUUGCCCUAAGUAUGGACUACCUGAAAAGUCUUUAGAAGAAGAAGAGUAAGCCUAAUAUAAUACAAAAGCAAUUUUAAUAUAUGGGAAUUAUAAUUUAAGAGUUAAUUACGCACACAUUUAAACAUACGUAGUUAGGUUAGAAAAGUUCACAAUGACUUUUAGUAUAAUCAUAUACAUAUAUUGAUAAGAUCUGACAACACGGUUCAAGUUUUAUUACUUCGAUUUCUACUGGCUUACAGAAAUAAUCUAUAUUGUUUACAUUAAAAGAUAUAAACUGAUUUUCUAGCGGAAAGUAGCGACAAGAAGCUCAUUUUUCUCUCUAUAACAGCGAUAACAAUUUUCUAGUCUCUAAUAUUUAUAUA